AUGCCAGUUCUGGAUCAUUCUAUCACCAAUGACCUAAUGGAGAAGUACUUCCAAUCGGUUAACAUGCAGCAUCCGAUCCUCGACUACGACGAGAGUGCCGCGCAGUAUCACUCCCUCGCUUCAAACCCAGAGCCGUCCUUGGAAUACGCAUCGUUUCUAUUAAUGUUGGCCUUGGCGGAAGUUGCAUAUGCACCGGCUCCUGAAGCACUGGAUACAGACUGGUCACCAGGGAGUACCUAUUCCUCGGCCGCACUAUCUCGGUUGAGACCUACCUGA